UGGUAGUUGGUGGUUGCCCAACGUGGUGUGUUGUACUCGUGUACUGUAGUUACUGUUCGAAAGUCGCAACCGCUGGUCGGCUGCCGUGGGACAGCAAUUGUUUAUUGUGUGUGUAUAACGGUGAGGCACUGGAACGUUUGAACUUUGAGCACAAUGCCCCGCCUCGAGCAAACGCCCCCGGAGGACUUCCGGCGAGUCCUGCGCGAGAAGGCGCUGAGCCACAGUCUGUUCUACCUCAAGCUCGGCGCCGGCAUGCCUCCCGGACAAGCGGCGCCGCUCGCGCGCCGAGCGAGCGACAGUGCUGGCGUGCGCGCGCCCGCGACCGCGCGCGUCCGGCAUGCCCAGCCGCGCGUCUCCGAACUCCUGCGCAAGUUCGAGCCCGGCCCCAUGCAGUACUUGCGUCUGCCGCGCGCGUCCAGCCCCCUGGACGACAUCAGCUCCUCGGACGACGACGACCGCGCCGCCGUCCGCCGCCGCAGCCGCGACUUGAGCGACGACUCCGCCGUAGAACUGGAGCCGCGGCGCCGCCACUCGCACCCUCGCGAUAUAACUCCUCCACCUGAUGUGAUGUCGCCGCGCAGAGAGCGGACGCUCAUCGAGGCGCAUGUGGUGGAGUUAGGCCGGCGGGGAAGUGAGGGGUGCGAGACGAGGGGCCGCUGCGUGCGGACCCCCAGCGUGGUGGUCAGCGACUACUCGGAUGGGGUCGCCGUCGGUGCCACAGAGGAGGAGGUGGACUGGCUGAGGUCGAGGUCCUUGUCGGCGGACUCUGCGUGCUCCUCGUGUUCAACGCUGUCCAGCCGCGACGACGAGGAAUUCGAGUCUCCUACACUACCAAAGAAGCAAUCAGAAAGAUGGAGAAAGCUACGGAACAUAGUUCAAUGGACGCCAUUCUUUCAAACGUACAAGAAGCAGCGGUACCCCUGGGUCCAGCUCGCUGGUCAUCAGGGCAACUUCAAAGCUGGGCCAGACCAGGGCACCAUAUUGAAGAAACUGAGUCCUCAAGAGGAACGGUGUUUUAAGUUGCUAAUGAAAGACAUACUGCGGCCAUUUGUACCUGAAUACAAAGGGCAAGUCACGUGUGAAGACGGAGAACUAUACUUACAAUUACAAGAUCUCCUAAGCGACUUCGACUGCCCCUGCGUCAUGGACUGCAAGAUCGGCGUCCGAACUUACUUAGAAGAAGAACUGGCUAAGGCGAAAGAAAAGACUAAGUUAAGAAAAGACAUGUAUGAAAAAAUGAUCCAGAUAGAUCCUAAAGCGCCAACAGAAGAAGAACACAGAAGUAAAGGCGUCACAAAGCCUAGAUACAUGAUCUGGCGGGAGACCAUCAGUUCCACAUCCACACUCGGCUUCAGGAUAGACGGCGUCAAGAAGGCAGAUGGCACAAGUUCGAAAGACUUUAAAACUACUAAAACAAGAGAUCAAAUCGUUGAAGCGUUUAAAGAUUUCACCGCCAGCAUUCCAACUGCCGUGCCGAGAUACCUUGAAAGACUAAAGAGCAUACGGGCUACGUUAAUAGAAUCCAAUUUCUUCAGAACACAUGAACUUAUUGGCAGUUCCCUACUUUUCGUCCAUGACAAGAGAAAAGCUUCCAUUUGGAUGAUAGACUUCGCGAAAACAGUUCCCGUACCUGAUGGUACUAACAUCGACCACAAUUCGGCUUGGAAGGUCAACAACCACGAAGAUGGCUACCUCAUUGGCAUUGACAACUUAAUAUCUAUUUUUGAAUCUCUCAUAAAGGACAAUAAUGGGAACAUUGAGUGUUUUUCUAAUUUAACGUUAGAUAAAAAUGUUCGAAUGGACACUUUAGCAACUUGAAAUUUUAAUGCUUUUUGAUAUAGAGUAAAUCUGUAUAGUGAAUUUGACCACGUGUUUUGUACAGAGACGAAGUACCUGUAUCGGUACUGAAAGCUAUUGAUGAUUGUAAAUAGUGUAUAAAAGACCGCAAUUGUAUUAUUGAUAAGUUUGUAAUACUCAUACUAGAGUUAGUAAGAAAAGUCAUUGUAAUUUUAUUUCUAUAAUUCAUUGAUGACCAUAAUAUUGAUAAUAGCCAAGGAUUUAACAAUAAAUAAACUUUCGCACUUAUUGGAGAACCAUGUUGUAAGCUAUGUGAAUUGAAGUGAAAAUACAUUAGAGAUAUUUAGAUUGCAUAUUAAAUGACCAACUUACCGAUUUAUCUAAAGUCAGAUUCAAUUAUAAUAUGUAUAAAAAUUCAUACUGAUAAAUUAUGAUGGAUCAGCUUUAGCUUCAAUUGAAACUUUAACAUUCGAUAGAACAAAUCGAACGUUUGAACGAUGAAAGUUAUCGAACUAUCGAAGAUCGUUUAUUGAAAUUUUAACACGAUAAAUACUUCAAGAUUGUUUGAAAUUGCAAUUCAUCUAAUGUAUUUUUGUUUUUUAAACCAAAUUGCCUUGGGAAAUUAUAUGGAUAAUGUCAGUUAUUGAUUUAUUUAAAUAUUCUUAUGGAUUUUCUAAAUUAUUAUCUACAGAACUAGAUGAAAGCUUAUCUUCUUUACUCUGAAUGAUGGUCCAUAAACUUUCUUAAAAUUAUUGUUUGUAUUUUUUUAAGGGUUUCUAAAGAAAAAAUCAAUACACAUGUCAUAAUAUAAAUAUUUAUUGUUAUUAUUACUACACUAUAUUAGUGUAACGACUAGAUGAAAUUUAAUUUCUAAGUAUCAAUAUACGUAACUAUCUUUACGUAAUAUUAAAUAUAAUUGGAAGCACUAAUUAAAACAUAUCACAUAA